AUGGAUUCACUGGAAAUCAAAGGUCAUUCGACAUUCCAAAACAAUGAUCACGAGAUUAAGGACACAACAAUGAAAGACGCAGAACAAAGUAGUGAUGGUAUAUCAAGUGGAGAAUCGUUGUCCUCAAGUCAAUCGAGUAGCGAUGAUGAUCCUACAAGUGAUGAACAACAAAGCCCUGAGAAAGGUUCCGAUUUAGGUUUUGCAACGGCUGGGCAAAAUUCGCCAUCGCCACAAAAGGCAGCUGAAUCAGUAACUUCAGUGGAAUCUUCGGCAAUACAUCAACCUUUCAAAGGAAGCACUUCUUUGGAACCUGCUGAUUCGUCCGCCAACAAGAUUAGUUCCACCGACUCCUCAGUAUCGACAAAUACUGCUUUAGUUUCAGCGCCAAAUCAAUCCCAUGACGGAUUCGAUUUGGGUAAAAAGUAUUUUCGGAAUGCAUCACCAAGUGAAUCACGCAAGGAUUCCACAGACUCGGCAAAGAAUUUGAAUCAUGCGAAACAGGUGCGUACGGAUGAAAUCAACAAGAUCUUUUCCAGAUUGAGCAAUGCCACGGCUUCAAAUUCCCAAAAUGUUGACGAUUUGCUACUUGAGCAUCAAAUAUCAAUCUUGCUCAAAGCAUCCCCCUUGGAUACAGAAGAAUAUGCUAAUCAUUUGAAUAAAAUUGCUACUAUAAUAUUUGAAGAAAAAUUUGACCCUAAACACACCACACUGUUACAUUCCAAAUAUCUAGAGUUGCUCAACCUGGUUGAACAGUUUGUCAACUUUACCAACCCAUUAAAAUCACAGCUUUACCUAGUGAUUGAGCGAAAUUUUGAAAUCAUGAUGCAGAUUUCUACUAGCUAUAAAUCACUUGACAUUUCCACUUCAACAAUACGAUUCUUGACAACGGUGUUUAUGAACUUAAAUUAUUGGGAAUUGUACAACUUGUUGUCUUGGAAACCAGUUAUCUACCAUUUUCUCAAUCUCAUAGGUCUAGACAUUCAUGAAUGUUAUCAGAAGUUCCUCAAUGAUUAUGAAUAUUACUCAUAUGAAAAAGUCAAACAGCCCCUAGCAUUACCAAGAUCAAGAGUUAGAGCAAGAAAAAGAAAGAUUAGAAAAAUGAUAGAAGACCUGGAAAUGACAGUCGAGGAAAAAGAACGUACCCAGCGUUUCUUCUCGUUGAAUCCCGAUACAGCUGACCAUGACAAAUAUGUUGCUGAUAUUGUUUCAGGGGCUAAUAAGCAAAAGAGGACUUUCAGACCUGAUGUUAAACUUGAGCAUCACAAGAUUAUCAAAAAGCCAAUUAACGCAACCACUUACGACAGAGUAGCAGGUAAAUCUUCCAAUUACGAUCCCGAUGUGGUUCACGAAUGUCAAUUACCAUCAGCUGAAGUACCUCAUAAACUAUGCUUAAGAAGAUUUUCAAGAAAAUAUGAAUUAAUUCGACAUCAAGAAACUGUACAUUCUAAAAAGAAGAAAUUAUUCAAAUGUUAUGUAUGUGUUAAACAAAAUCCUGGUGUUGGUCCAAGAAUUUUCACACGUCAUGACACUUUAGCCAAACAUAUUAGAGUAAAUCAUGAAAUAUUUGGCAAGGAGGCUAAAGCUGAAGUUGCAUAUUCGAAAAAACAUGCUGAGGUUGUUGAGGAAGGGGAUAUAACUGUACAUGUGGGGAGGCGGAAAACAAAAGUAGAUUUUGAAUUGAGAGCUCAUAUGGAGAAAACAGGUAAUGAAUCUUUUGGUGGUUAUUUGGAGACUAGUGAUUUGGAAUCCGGUGAUGAAGAAGUUGUUUUUAAUAACCCUACGCCAGCAUCAUCAUAG